GCAACAGAUGACACAUUUGAACACUGAAAAUCUAUUAGUUACCAUGUUGCUUCCUAUGGUCUUUAGUGUAAUAACAAUCAGAUGUCUCUUUUGCCACUUUCAUUCAUGUGUACAUGGGUGUACAGUCAUGAUGGCUUGCUUGCGGUCUUAUUUGUUGUCCAUAGGCAUGAUUUCAAUCUUCACUCCAAAUGAUGGGCAUUUUUUCACCAUCCACCAUCUUUGUUUUUUCAGAGGGGAAGAAACUGAGUACAUUUUAAGAGAAAUUUCAGACAUGACAAAGGUGUUGGAAUACAACAGCACUCUCAAAAGAUUCACUGGGUUUACCCGGUUAGGGAUAUAUAAUGCUGAGAGAUUUAACAAAGAUCCCUUACUUCUGGCCUUGUUGGAAGCUGUUUUAAAUUUUUACUGCAAGGAUUAUAGGACCAACAUAUCUAAAUUGGAUGAAUCCCAUGUUGAGCCCUCUGUCCAUCUUCGAUCCAUGAAGCCCCAAAGCAGCACACACACAACCAUGCUAAAGUGCAGCGCCUAUAAGUUCUUCCCCAAAAAGAUCAGGGUGACCUGGUUGAGGGACGGACAGGAAGUGCCCUUGAACAUGACGUCCACUGAGGAGCUGGCGAAUGGUGACUGGUUCUACCAGAUCCACUCCUACCUGCUGUUCACGCCCACACCUGGAGACAAGAUCUCCUGCAUGGUGGAACACCCCAGCCUCACCGAGCCCAUGAUCCUCCACUGGGAUGCGUCCCUGCCUGAGUCUGAGAGGAAUAAGAUAAUGAUUGGAGUGUCUGGUCUGGUACUGGGGGUGAUCUUUACUGCUGCCGGACUCAUCCACUACCACAAUGGGAGAAAGUACAGUGGUGCCAUUCCUGUAACCACUCAGUAACUACAUUACUCUGAAGGCUGUGAUCUACAUUAUGCUGAAGGCUGUGAUCUACAUUACUCUGAAGGCUGCGAUCUACAUUACUCUGAAGGCUGCGAUCUACAUUACUCUGAAGGCUGUGAUCUACAUUACUCUGAAGGCUGUGAUCUACAUUACUCUGAAGGCUGUGAUCUACAUUACUCUGAAGGCUGUGAUCUACAUUACUCUGAAGGCUGUGAUCUACAUUACUCUGAAGGCUGUGAUCUACAUUACUCUGAAGGCUGUGAUCUACAUUACUCUGAAGGCUGUGAUCUACAUUACUCUGAAGGCGGUGAUCUACAUUACUCUGAAGGCUGUGAUCUACAUUACUCUGAAGGCUGUGAUCUACAUUACUCUGAAGGCUGUGAUCUACAUUACUCUGAAGGCUGUGAUCUACAUUACUCUGAAGGCUGUGAUCUACAUUACUCUGAAGGCUGUGAUCUACAUUACUCUGAAGGCUGUGAUCCUCCCAGAUGGAAGUAUGUGGGUGUACGUCAAAAAAAGUCCAAUAUGUAGGGAAACAGGGUUUCAACUCUUACUGCUGU